AUGGAGAAGUUGAGGAAGAAGGCUGCCACCGUACUGCUGGAUGAGGAACAAAUGAAGGCCGAGGGACGAGGGGAGAUGUCUGAGGCUGAACUACUCAUCCUGGAUGAGUUUACCAUCCUGAUCAGAGACCUCUACGCCUUUUAUCCGCUACUCAUCCGCUUGUUAGACUACAACAGGGCCAAAUGGCUGAAAGAAUCGAACCCUGAGGCUGAAGAGCUCUUCCGCAUGGUAGCAGAGGUCUUCAUAUUCUGGUCCAAGUCUCAUAAUUUUAAACGGGAGGAGCAGAACUUUGUGGUUCAGAAUGAGAUCAACAAUAUGUCCUUCCUCAUCACAGACACCAAGUCAAAGAUGUCCAAGGGAGCCGUGUCCGACCAGGAGAGGAAGAAGAUGAAGAGGAAGGGCGAUCGCUACUCCAUGCAGACCAGCCUCAUCGUAGCGGCGUUGAAAAGACUACUUCCUGUAGGACUGAAUAUCUGCGCUCCGGGAGACCAGGAACUGAUCGCUCUGGCCAAGAUCCGCUUCAGUCAGAAAGACACGGAGGACGAGGUGCGGGAGAUCAUCAGAAACAACCUGCACCUGCAGGGAAAG